CUUUAAAGUGUGCCCACACACGCGGCGUUGUGCUCAGUCGAAUUUUGUUCUCGGACCAUUAAACAUUACCCAUUCGGCAUUCAGCAUUCAACAUUCAGCAUUCAACAUGAAAGGCCAACGCGUAGCAGUCGUCGCAUUUGCUGUUGUUCUCGCCGGACUGUGCGUGCUAUCCGGUCUGAAUGCGGCGCCCGUGGAAUGCAAUAAUGGCGAUGGCAUCCAGAUCUCCGGCGAUGGCUACCAGAGCCAAACUCAAACCGGUCCCGGCUGCCAGACGCAGACCUCCGAGGAUGGCAGCCAGAGCCAGAGUCAGUCGGGCAAUGGCUACCAGUCGCAGACGCAGUGCAGCGGCGCCUCCUGCGGUCAGUUCAACACCUUCCCGCCCCUGUUCACCCUUAAGCCGUUGGAGCCCUUGGCACCCAUCACCUGGCGGCCUUGGGGCCAACUGGGCGGCAACCAGGUGCAGCAGCAGAUCACUUACUAACUUCUUUAAUAAAGAUUCUACAUAUUCUUCAUAGUUCACAAAUU